AUGGCCUCCCGAAAAGCCCUCCUCGCUCUGCCAAUGCGAGCAUCAAUUGCGCGCGUCCCCUCAGCUCUCCUCUCUCGAUCUACCCUACGCGCAGAAUCCACAGCUUCUUCGACCUCAGCACUGGCAUACAAGGCCCUCCACCGCCGCAUCUAUCCUCUCCCAACAACAGACGCCUCCCCAGCCUGGUCCGCCCAAGCAGCCGUCUCCAACAUCCUGUACGAGACGCCCUCCCCCUCCACCACACCCCCUAAACGCCAUAUCCUCAACUGCCUCGUGCAGAACGAACCCGGUGUGCUGUCCCGCGUCUCCGGUAUCCUGGCCGCGCGAGGCUUCAAUAUCGACUCUCUGGUUGUCUGCAACACUGAAGUCGAAGACCUGUCCCGCAUGACCAUCGUGCUCUCGGGCCAGGACGGCGUAGUGGAGCAAGCACGGCGCCAACUGGAAGACCUGGUGCCCGUCUGGGCAGUGCUAGACUACACACCCGCUGCUCUGGUGCAGCGAGAGCUCCUGCUCGCCAAAGUCAACAUCCUGGGUCCGGAAUACUUUGAGGAGUUGCAGGCGCAUCAUAGGGAGAUUACUGCCCACGACGAGCAGAGUCUAGAGGGCCAGGAGGAAUGGGCGCAGAGGCGGCUGGAGCAGUUGAAGGAGACUCAAGACUUUCAUCCGAGUAAGCUAGCGCUGAGCGAGGCGUUGAGACAUAAGCAUGAGCAUUUGAAGUCGAUUACGUAUUUUACGCAUCAAUUUGGUGGAAAGGUGCUGGAUAUUAGUACUAAUAGCUGUAUUGUGGAACUUUCUGCAAAGCCAACCCGAAUCGACUCAUUCAUGAAGCUCGUCUCCCCCUUCGGCAUCCUCGAAUCCGCACGAACAGGUCUAAUGGCUCUUCCCCGCUCACCACUCUUCGGGCCCAACGACCAGGAAUUAAUAAAGGAAGCCGAUGAUAUUGUGGACGCAAGCACCCUUCCUCCAGGAUAG